AUCAAUUAAGGUAGCAAAAAUGCAUUCAUUUGGGUACAGAGCGAAUGCUUUGUUAACAUUGGCAAUCACAAUACUGGCUUUUAUGUGUGCUUUUGCUUCUUUAUCUGACAAUUUCAAUUCUCUCACUCCUACCGCUGAAGUUCAAGUUUUGAAUAUCAAUUGGUUCCAGAAGAAACCUGAUGGGGAUGAUGAGGUCAGUUUGACCUUGAACAUAUCAGCAGAUUUACAGUCAUUGUUCACGUGGAAUACUAAGCAGGUGUUUGUAUUUUUGGCAGCUGAGUAUGAAACUCCAAAGAAUGCCCUAAAUCAGAUAUCUUUGUGGGAUGGUAUUAUCCCCACUAAGGAACAUGCAAAAUUUUUGAUUCACACCACAAACAAGUAUCGGUUUGUUGAUCAGGGAAGCAACCUCCGUGGUAAAGGUUUUAAUCUAACAUUGCACUGGCACGUCAUGCCAAAGACUGGGAAAAUGUCUGCAAACAAACUUGUGAUGACUGGUUACCGCUUGCCAGAGUCAUACAGAUGAUGAACUUUUUUUCUCUGAGCAAUUUAUCUGUAACUUUAGCCUCCACUGAUAGGAAGGGGAAAAUGUGCUUAAACGAGAUGAUGAGAUGAACAGGAUAAUUUUGUCCCGGAUAAUGUCACAGAAUUGAUAUUUAUUGGCCUCAAAUUCACAUACUGGAACUUUAGACCUUUGA